AUGAGCGACAGAACCGACAGCAACCUCGAGAAUGGCCCUAUUGACUCUGAGAAGUCUCCAAACAGCCCCUCGGUGUCUUCCGACCCGGCAGAAUUAAAACCACAAUCACCACCAGAAGCGCCAGAAGGAGGAAGCAAAGCCUUUCUUUCGCUACUUGGCGGCUCGCUGGGGCUUUUUAUCUCCUUCGGAUGGGUCAAUUGUAUCGCGGUAUUCCAAGCAGAGUAUGAAACCAACCAACUUAAGACCUAUUCCAGCUCAGAAAUCUCCUGGAUUACUUCGUCUGAGUGUAAGAGCUGUGCCGGUGAUUACCUUUGCUCAGAAACUGACCAGACUACCUANGUUUUUUUCAUGCUGUUUGCAUCUCCUCUUUCCGGAUAUCUCUUUGAUAAUUAUGGGCCACGACUGCCCAUCUUCAUCGGCGGUAUCUUGCACGUCUUUGGUUUGAUGAUGACGAGUCUGUCCAAGGAAUACUACCAGUUCUUCCUGAGCCAGUCGGUCUGUUCAGGUCUCGGCACGUCGUUGAUCUUCACCCCAGCCAUGACUUCGCCAAUGACAUACUUCAAGAAGCGCCGCGCACUAGCAGGUGGUAUCACAGUUGCUGGCUCGUCUCUCGGCGGAGUCGUCUUUCCGCUCAUGGUCAAAUACCUUCUACCCGAAGUUGGCUUUGGAUGGACGAUGCGCAUCUGUGCCUUUUUAAUUCUGGCAUUGUGGCUGGUUACUAUGGCGACCAUUGCCUCUAAUAUGCCUCAUGGCGGAAGGAAGUUCGACAUCUCCAACUACACCCGUCCUUUCACGGAGCCCAAGUUCCUUAUCUUAUUAGGUUUCUGUUACUUCCUUUACUGGGGCCUGUUUGUACCAUUCAACUAUCUUGUCAUUUCUUCCGUGAAAUAUGGCAUGUCGCUGAAUAUGGCUUUCAACCUGAUCCCUAUCAUGAACGGUGCCAGCUUCAUCGGUCGCACUGUCCCCAACGUCCUCGCCGACAAAUACGGUCGCUUCAAUGUCCUGAUCAUCAUGGUCUUCUUCACUGGAGUCAUCACACUGGCCCUGUGGCUGCCCGCCCACAGCAACGCCGCUCUCAUCGCCUAUGCUGCCAUCUUCGGCAUUACCUCCGGCACUUGCAUCGGCUUGACACCGCCUCUGGUCAUGACUAUCUUUCCACCCCGAGAAGUAGGCUUCCGCAUCGGCACGGCAUUGGCGAUUGCUGGAGUUGCGGCACUGACCAGCCCGCCAAUCGCUGGUGCCAUUGCCAGCAAGAGCGGAGGAUCGUAUGAGAACUCGACCAUUUUCAGUGGUGUGAACUUUAUGAUUGCUACCGCUUUCUUGAUCUGGCUGAGAGUCCAGGUUGCUGGAUGGAAGCCAACGACUGUAGCUUGA